AUGUUCAAGAUCUUUGUUGCUCUGGCAGCAUUGGUGGCUGUGGCAGCCGCAGCUGAUGAUUACUACGCAUAUCCCAGCUACAAGUUCGAGUAUGGAGUAAAGGAUCCUCACACCGGAGACCACAAGAGCCAGUGGGAACAUCGGGACGGAGAUGUCGUCAAGGGAGCUUACACCCUGCACGAGGCUGACGGAACUGAGCGAGUAGUUGAGUACUCGUCCGACAAGCACAACGGCUUCCAAGCUCAUGUGAAGCGAGUGGGCCAUGCUCACCACCCGGAAGUGUAUGGACACCAGGGAGGAUAUGGUGGAUCAUACGAUCAUGGAUACGGUCACAGCUACAGCAAGCUGCAUAAGUAUAAUUAAAUAAAGAGAUUAGAUCUU